AUGAAAGCCAGAAUGCGAUGUAAAGUUGUUUCUAUCAGAGAGAUUUGCAAUAAAGCAUUUUAUGAUAAGUAUGAAUGCCAAAAAAGAUUGAUGAGGGAGCAAAGCUCAAAGCUUAAUGAAAUUCAACUGUGGCAUGGUACAACGCAUGCGACAGUUGAGCAUAUUCUCUGUCAGAAUUUUGACUGGAGAUUAUGCAAAAAAGGACUUUUUGGUGAAGGAUCGUAUUUUGCCAAAGAAGCAAGCUACAGUCAUUCAUACGUUGACGCCAAUGAUAAGUAUGAAAUGUCCAUGUUUCUGGUUGAUGUAUUGGUAGGUGAUUAUUGGCAGGGUUAUUCUUCUUACAAAAGACCGCCAGAAAAAGAAAAGCAUCGCCUCUAUGACAGUUGUGUCGACAAUAUGAGCAAUCCAACGAUAUAUGUUAUAUUUGAGCGUGAUCAGUUUUACCCCAGAUAUUUGAUAACAUAUAAAAGAGUAUUGUAAAUAGUUUAUGCAUUCUUGUUUUGUUUUUUAUCUAAACUUUCUUUUGAAUUUCUAUUUUUGUGGUUAUUGGAGGGUUCAUUGCUAACAUGCAGACAAUAUGAGCAAUCCAACGAUAUAUGUUAUGUUUAAGUAUUGUAAAUAGUUUGUGCAUUCUUGUUGUUUUUUUUAUUUUAUCGUUAUUAUUAUUUUUAAUGUUGUCAUCUGAUUAUUCCUUGAAUACCUCAAUUAAAAGUCUCGCCAAUAAAAGAACCUGGCUUUGUAAUAUAUAAUAUAUAAUCACAAAACUUUGAUGUCAAAAAAUUUCGCAAACAGAAAAUUUUUGCGAAUCGUGUUUUUCUUAAAACUGUAUAAAAUUUACAAAUCAAUUGCAAUCCGUUUGCGCAGAUUUUAGCGGAUACGCUUUUUUAUAACAACGUGAAAAUUUAAAUUUGACUUUUUUUAAUUUGCCCUGGAUUGCUAAAGGCAAAAUUUUAAUUUUGGCUUCAGUGUUGAUUUUUAAAUUUUACAUGAAUUUCGCUUGGCAUUUUUGUUCAUUUAAGGAACUAAAAACUUUUAUAGUUUUUUAUACAGGUAUAAGCCUCGGCUAUUCAGUUUUUGAAAUUUUCAGCCCGAUAAGUUGUUUUGUAGUCGUUUAAGAUUAACCCAAAAGCCUUAAUCUUUGGUAGAUCGGUUGCUCAAAAAAUCGCAAAGAAGAAAUAUAUUUAAGCUUUAGAGCCCAACUUGCUUUUCAAAUAUCAUAAUUUCUAAUUUUAAAAUACCAAAUACUCGACAUUGCGUUUCCUGUCCACAGAUAUAAUUUUUGAAUUAUCCAAUAAAAAAAUUCAAGAGAAUAUACUAUUGAGAAUUAAGCAAGGAACUUAAAAUCUGGGAUUUGUGAAAAUUUUUAAUUAUGCAUCUUUACAUUUUAUCACUAUAUUUAAUUUGUAUUAUUUUAACUUUUCUUAUAAUCUGUUUUACACGGUUAUAGAAUAACUACGAGAGCAAAGAAACAUACGGACAAUUGUAAGGGUGAUUUUAACCCACAGGGCAUUAUCUUACGAUUAAUUUUGAUUUUAAUUUUUGAUUUAUUAAAACACUGUACACUUGUAAA